AUGGCUGACGAGUACAAGGCGCUCAUCGACAACAACACCUGGCGCCUCGUUCCCCAUCUGCCCGACGCCAACGUGGUCACCGGCAAGUGGAUCUUCAGGCAUAAGUUCCACUCCGAUGGCACCCUGGCUCGCCACAAGGCUCGCGGAGUCGUCCACGGCUUCACCCAACGCCAUGGCGUCGACUACGACGAGACCUUCAGCCCCAUCCUCAAGCCUGCUACCAUUCGGGUCGUCCUCAGCAUCGCGGCCUCUCGACAGUGGCCUAUCCACCAGCUGGAUGUGAAGAACGCCUUCCUUCACGGCCAUCUGAAUGAGACAGUCUACUAUGACAUCGUCCUCACUGCUUCCUCAGAUGCUCUGCUUCGACGACUCAUCGACCGACUUCAUUCUGAGUUCGCCAUGACAGACCUUGGGGAACUACAUCACUUCCUGGGGAUAUCUAUCACUCGCUCCUCCGAUGGUAUCUUCCUCAGCCAGCGGCAGUACGCUGUCGACCUUCUUCAGAAGGCGGGCAUGGCCGAGUGUCACUCAACAUCAACACCUGUUGACUCUUGUGCCAAGCUCUCUGCCAAGGAGGGUGCUCCCGUCGCCGAUCCCACCGCGUACUGGAGUCUUGCGGGCUCUCUUCAGUACUUGACGCUCACUCGCCCUGACCUAGCAUAUGUUGUGCAGCAAGCGUGCCUGUUCAUGCAUGACCCGCGUGAGCCUCACCUCGCGCUGAUCAAGCGCAUCCUUCAGUACGGUGCCCAGACUCCCGCCGCUCCACAUCAGGCUUUUGUGUCUUCCUCGGCGACACUCUGGUGUCCUGGAUCUCCAAACGGCAAACCACCGUCUCACGAUCCAGUGUGGAGGCCGAGUACCGGGUUGUUGCUCAUGUGGUCGCAGAAUCACAACAUCAGCGUUGUCUACAUGACAGCCAACCCGGUCCACCACCGUUGUACCAAGCACAUCGAGAUUGACAUCCACUUCGUCCGUGAGAAGGUGGCCCUCGGCGAGGUUCAAGUUCUCCACAUGUCGUCCAAGUAUCAGUUCGCUAUUGUGAUGACAAAAGGCCUGCCAGUUCAGCUAUUUGAGGAUUUCCGGUCCAGUCUCUGCCUCUGGAUUCCUGAGGCUUCGACUGCGGGAGGCUGA